AUCGCUUGAAUUGUCAUUGGGUGGUAGCAUUCAAAUGGGGCUGGCUUUGCCCAGCCUCCACCAGCCCCACAUGUAGUCCCAAUCCCAGCAUCACUCUGCGCCACAUCCAAUCAGCAUUUUUCAGCAAAGUAAACCUGACAAGCACUUCUUACCCCCUCUCUGUUAAUUUGAUUAAUAGGCUGGAUUGAGCAGCAUCUUCUCAGAACAACCUCACAUCAGCAGGAGGGUACAAUGGCUAGAUUCCAAACCACGCAGCAUGGAGCACUAGGGCUUAAGAGAUGGCUCAUGGAAUUGUCCUGAUAAGUGAUGACGAAGGAAGCAGGGACAUUAGUCACAAGAUACUAAGGCUUUGACAUUGACAGCUGAUGAUGUACAGCACCUGCAUUUGGUUUGCAAUCAGUUCAGGCUACACUUCAGAUAUUUAGAUGUCUUUUGGGGUUUGUUUUUUUGUGUGUUUUGUUUUGUUUUGUUUUGGUCGUUGGGUUUGGGGUUUUUUUUAGCGUACGCAGAAAAUUAUGCACAUUGCUCUAGUUGCUGUGGAUGCGCCAGAUGGAAAAGUGUUCUCUCAAAUUCCCAGUGGGCUUCUAAAGCCCCAAAACAAGCAGUAGGGAUUAAUUCCUCCCCAGAUAAGAUUUUCCUAAAUCCUAACAGAUAAUUUGUUUGAAGUUUAAUUUUAGUCUGUUAUUAUACACAUGGGCCUUAUCUUCAUUCAGAGUUAUUAGCAAAAUUAAACAACUUCUUCAAACAGGAAAGGGAAGCAUAGCAAGAGCCCCAGCAAAUGAGUGAAACAGGCCAACAGCACUAAUGGGAGGCUUACGCAGUGAUGGCAGCCCUGAGCCCCCAAGGAACCUCCAGUUUGUCAUGUUCUCCCAUGCCUGACCCAUGCAGCAGAGGUACACCCUGCCCCUGGGGAGGGGAAUCCCAUGGCAUUCAAGCCACUUGCAUGGUGACCCAUGUUAAGAUUAAGAUAUUUAUACCCUGUUCUUCCUUCUAGUUAACAGGAUGCCUCACUCCGUGGUUCCCCAGCUCUUGUUUAUCUCCCUACAUUGCAGCACCUCUGGCUGUGUUUCCUCAGACACCAGAAGUGACAGCAGCAGUGGGACAAAGAAGAGAAGAAAAACAAGGCCACACAGCAUUUCACAUCUCGCAUAAUCCUUUAAACUGUGCACUCCACCAGUGGUACCCCUGGUUAAGAUCUGUGCCAAUUGCUUUCCAUGGUGAAUCCACACCUCCACUGGUGGACUGAACGCUUCUCUAGCCAGCAUGACACAGGAGCCUGGGGAGGAGUUCAUCUCCUCAUUGCACCACUCUAAAUGGGAUUUGGGCCCUCAGCCUCAAGGCGUAGAAGAAUCUCUGAACAUGUUAUCAUUGCAGUGUGCUCGUGGUCACGGUGAUGUUUAAGGCAACAUGUGGCCAGCUGCUGGUUUUGUGCUAUUUGACCUCAGUCCACAACAUUUGGACCAAAACUUGGAGGUCGCCACCUAAUUUAUUAUUUACCUGUGGGUAUAAAAAUCAUUACGAUGAAUAGAAUUCUUAAUUUUCAAAUAAAAGAUUGUAAGUCAGACUCUCUUUUUAUCUCCAUUAAACAAAAAAUAAGCAAAGCAAUCUAGAUUAAGGAUGUACAGUAAUCUCCCUUCCACACGGUCUAUCCAGAUGUUCACUAAUAUAAAUACAUUUGUAACUGUUAACUAGCUGCUUCAGUGUUUACAGGUCUGCCACAUAUGUUUUAAGGACAAAGUAGAAGAGUGAGUGAAUGUCACUAGUUCCUCAUAUUUCUCAUAAACAUGAAAAAUCUAGUGUAAUUCACUAGAGAAAUGAAGAUUUGUUGAUCCUUGUAAAGACAGCCUUGAGGCAUGGGAAAUCCCAUAUCUGAACACCAAUGCAAUUCAUCAAUAAAAGCAUUGAAUUCAGCCAUUACCUUCUCAUAAUGGAGAAUUGACUGUAUAAUUCAAUUUAGGACAGUCUGCAAAAAGAAACUGUAAUAGCCAGAAAAUACCUUCAUUCUCCCUGUCUUGUAAUAUGGGUAGGUCUGGGCAGAGUUAGAUGGAACAGAGAACAAUUUUUCUUCUAAGUUUAAGUAUAGCACAGGAAAAAGGACAAGAGGCAACAGACACAAGCUGCUGCAAUGGACAUUCUGGUUAGAUAGAAGAAAAGAAACUCAUCACAGUGAGUGUAGUCAAACACUGCAGCAUGUUACCCAGGGACGUUGUGGGAUUUCCAUCCUUGGAGAUGCUCAGAACUUGACUGCACAGAGCCUCAGUAACCUGACCUAACUUUGAUGUUUGCCCUGCUUUGAGAAAGAUGUUGGACCAAAUGACCUCCAGAGGUCCCUUUAGCCUCAAUGAUUAUAUGAUUUUAUGACAGAUUCCAAAGUCCUUUUGGUAUGUUAAUUGACAAGUUAUUUUAUAUCACCAAGAGGGGGCAACAUAUUUUAAUUCACACACAUAUACAGACAUAUUCUGGAACUAGGCCUGUUUGCUGUAAACAGUAACAGCAUGUUGUACCUUCACCCUGGGAAGAGGAAAAAAACGUUUUCAACAGCAGCCUGAGCAGGAUCGUAAACAACUUAACAACCUGCAGAAAGACUAAAGUGAUGCUCUUUUGCUCAACAAAGACCUCUAAAGACAGAUAAGCAAGACCUUUCAUCUUUAUGUAGUGAUGGGCACAAUCCAAAAGAAACCUGUUCUCCAAACACCUCAGACAUUUUGGGAGCUGGCAUAUUUCAAAGUCCUGCCUCACAUACCCAGCCCAUCAUCGCAGGCAGUGGAGUGAACUCUCUGUGAGAGUAGUGGGCAAGGUGCUAAGCAAAAUAGCAGACAGCAGUGGCAGCAGCAUGGCACAGGGGGCCGGUGGUGAGCAGAGAAGCCCGAAGCCACCUGGUUCAACGCCAGCAUCGGGGCUGAGCCGGAUCCUGAGUGCCCAAUGGAGACUGAGUCAGCUCUGGAGAGCAGCCAGCAGCAGUGCAACAAGGAGAAGAAAUCUACAUGCUAUGACAAAUCUUGGAGGAGAAAGACUUGGACAGAUGAAAUAUCUGGUGUGCAAAAGGAAGCUUGAAAGUAAAAAGGAGGCAUUGCUAAUCCUUUCCAAAGAGCUGGACACUUGUCAACAAGAAAGAGACCAGUACAAGCUUAUGGCCAACCAGUUGCGGGAACGACACCAGUCUCUGAAAAAGAAGUACCGAGAGCUGAUUGAUGGGGAUCCAUCUCUUCCACCUGAGAAGAGGAAACAGGCAAAUCUUGUUCAGCUACUGAGUGAGGCUCAAGAUAGAAAUAAACAUCUUGGAGAAGAAAUUAGAGAGCUUCAACAGAGACUGGGAGAAGUACAAGGGGACAAUAAGCUCCUUCGAAUGACAAUAGCAAAGCAAAGACUUGGAGAUGAUGAAGUUGGGGCUCGCCACUUUGCAGCGCAUGAACGGGAGGACCUUGUUCAACAACUGGAGAAGGCUCGAGAACAAAUAGAGACUCUGAGAUAUGAUCUUCAGGCUGCACUGGAUGAGUUGCAGGAUGUGAAAGAGGAGCGCUCUUUUUACCAAGAUAAGGCUGACAGACUAAACCAAGAACUUAAUCAUGUCUUAGGAGGGAAUGAAAACCGUAUAAUUGACAUAGAUGCUCUGUGUAUGGAGAACAGGUAUCUCCAAGAGAGAUUGAAACAACUUCAAGAGGAAGUCAACCUUCUUAAGUCUAAUAUUACUAAAUAUAAGAAUGCACUAGAAAGACGAAAAAAUUCAAAGACUCAUGGUAGAUCCAGUAGCAGUGCUCUGACUGGAGUCCUCUCUGCAAAGCAAGUCCAAGAGUUGUUGUCAGAGGAUCAUGGAUGUAGCCUACCAGCCACACCACAGUCCAUUUCAGAUCUCAAAUCACUGGCCACUGCAUUGCUGGAGACUAUCCAUGAAAAAAACAUUGUCAUACAACACCAACGACAAACCAACAAAAUUCUAGGUAACCGAGUAGCAGAACUAGAAAAGAAAUUAAGAACUUUGGAAAUUGCUGGCUUGUGGAGUCUUCCAGGCCUGAGCUACAAUGUCUCAGUGGGAUUUGGGAGUGGAAAGGAUACCAUAACAUUCAGUGACCCACCCUUGCCUGUUACACAGCGGUCCAGGUCACCUCUGUUAGCAUUUACUGAUAAGACAGAGAAAACAGAAGUACAAGGUGAGCACCUGGAACGUAAGCAACUUGAACAGAAGGGAAAACAUGAUGAAACUUGUGCUGUUUCAAGUGAACUCCUGGCUCCAGAAGCAACAAGCUUAAAUAAUAGAAACCAAAAUAAACAUUUUUAUUCUUCGUUACCCCAGUUACCUUCUGAGAAAGAAGAAAUAAACAAGCUUGGAAGUCAGAUAAUUAAACUGACAGAGCAGGCAGUUGCAGAACUGGAAGGGAAAAGAGCAGGCGCUUCCACAGAGGAGCAGAACACAGUCAAUGGAACAGACCUUAAUGGUUCAUCUGAGGGAGAGUUCCCACUUUCCAGCCCCGACCCAUUUGACCCCACAGAUCCCUCAAACUCAGAGAACGAACAGACAGCUGAAACUGAGGCCCUGAAAGACAAUGACCAAACCUCAGAGAGUGACUGUGAAAUUACAAAUGAAGGAGGGGAUCAGAAUAGCAGCAUCGUGGAUGUGGUGCAUACUGAGGACCCUGGAAGGCACAGAGGGCUUGAUGCACACACAAGUAACAGCUUUGAGGAGCUCCCUGAAUCUGACAACAAGAAGUCAUCUGAUUCUGCUGAAAACUCUGAAUAUUUGGAUAACAGUUUGGCUUGAGCUCAUCUCAUGAAAAUGCAGGGAGUUGUUUCACCACAUCCUGAGAACCUAAUUUAAUGAAGCUCUGAAGGAAGCAUAUCGUCAGAGAAGCCAGAAGUCUUUCUGUGAGAAGUGGCAAUGCUGUUCCAAAGCAAGGAGAACAGCAAGAGAAGAACCAGUGAUGUGCUGUCCACCUGCUUGGUAUUCUCAGUUGCUGGAAUUGCAUUCCUCAACCUACAGGAGAUGUAACAGCCCUCAGGCUGAAUAACUGGUGGUAGAUGGCAGCCUAAUGCAUCUGUGCCCUCCUUUUUAAAGGAAUCUGUCUUUUUUAUUUUCGUAUGUUUUGGAAUUCAGGGUAACUCUUCCUUUUCUCCUCAUUUCACCCAUCUGUGGUGUAGUGAAGGUUUACUUGCAUUGCUGCUUCUUUCUUAAACUUCUUCCCUUGGUGAUGUUUAGUCAUAGGAAAACAUUCCUAUAAUAACUGAGGAAAAGGGAGGCUGCUGUGUCAUUCCCUAGCUCACUCCUGAUGCUGGAGCUGUGCCACUCUGCUCCUAAGAAGGCAGCAACAAGGGAAUACUUAACAUUUAAGUUAGCAGCUGUUGGAGAAGAGGAGGCACGUCCUUCCUCUCCUGCUUGUAACAUGAGGAAUAGUCCCUGCAGCUGUGGAGCUUCUAUGGGCCAGCAGCCAUUAAGGCAAUUUUUCUGCUGGCCUGGGACCUAAUUGUCUGUAAAUGUUCAUUUCUCACUCCUAGAACUUGAAACCAAUCAGAGAGAAUUAAAGUAAAUUUAAUAAAAUACUACUAAUAAAAAGGAAAAUCCCUCCCAGAUUGAGUCCUUCUUUGAAAAAUAACUGCCAGCUGCAAAUUUUUACAGCCCACUUGUCAGCUACUGAAUAAACAGAGCUUAUAUUAGCAAUACUGACAAACUCUUCUGUAUAUGGAAGAUGAGCUAGCAGGUGCUGCCAUAAUCAAGGUGUCAGAGUCCAUGAACAGUUGGUAUUCAGCAGAAGAAAGGCUGUAUGUAAAUGAUUACAUAUAAAUAUAAGAACGAUAGGGGGAAGGUGAAAAAUGUGGCUUGUCUCUGUUCUCAUGUGUUUUCCCCAGCAGGUGCAUUCGUGUAACCCAUUCAGUGUCUUAUCUGGAGGCAAUAAAGCCAUACUCACAGAGCUCCUCAAGUGUAUUUCCUCCCUCUUUAAAGGUAAUUUGGCAUUGCAGAUUUCACUGAUAUUAAGCAGCAGCCCUUAGGAACAAAACAACAUCUGUAUAUUUAAGCAUAUUAAGGACAUGAAGCAGUAAAAAGUUUUCUUUAAUUAUCGUGAUCACCAUUUAAGUUCGUCAUCACCUGAAAAACCAGGAAGAGUCUUAAGUAUUUGAGUGAUUGUUAGGCUGUUCUCAUUAAUUGUAACCAACUGCAUUAUUGACUCAUUUAUAUGACAGUACUGACAAGUCGGAAGAGAAAUAGCUGCAGAAACUGGCAUCUCUGGGAGAUUGUGGCAAGAUUUUUUCCUUUAAUGCUUGAAUGUCACAUGAAGCAGCAUUUUAUUCAAGAUGUAUUCUUUUCCAUCUUUCACAGACUAAUCCUGCGCAGAGCUAAAUAUCAAUGCAGUCAGAACUGAGGCAAGCAAAUAAGAAGGUCAGGAUUUCACACAGCUGAGCUCAGAAAUGUUGGGGGUGUUUAUAUUGUUUCCCUGCCCUGUGUCUUUCCUAAGCCACAGUUGUGUAAAUUAGCAUUUUGCUCCUGGUCCUUUAAUAGUCACUUAAUGCUAUUAAUUAAGAGCUUGGUGCGAAAAUUCGAGCAGGUAGAAGCAGCACUGGACCUCAUUUGUUGAUUCUUUUUAAUAUGUUUGUUCUUUGAGAUCAUAGUGAUGUACAACCCAACAAUUAGGACAUCUUGGUAAUUAUCCUCACACCCUCUCCCUCUUAGAUGCCAAUGUUAUAUCUUUGCAAUUACUAAAUUCCAGUGAGAUAUCUAGAUCUCUGGAAGCCUAAUUUUUAGUGCUAUAUCACUGCUGCAAUACUGCCCCUCUUCUUUCUGCCCUAGUGAAUGUGUAUUCUAGCUACGUUUUUAGCCUUCUCCCAGGAACACAGGACUUCAAAAUCAGGAGACUUGUAAAAGUAAGGCAUCUUUGCUGCACUAUGUGGUAAUUAAUUGAAUAUGCUUGUCAGUAUCUUCCUUGGAUAUUGCUUUAAUUGAUAUUUAUUCCCCCCCCCAGUAAAUUAACUAGUGUUUUGUUCUGGAAUCAAAACUACUGUAGGUUUUUCUGGGGCCUGGGGAAGGCAGGGGGGUGUUGGUUUUGGUGGGUUUUUUUCUUUAGACUUGAGUUCCCUUAUCUAGAAAAUUAGAAAUUCAGAUAUCACGUCCAGACAUAUGAGCCUUUUUGGUUUUGGGCUCUGGGGAAGCAAAGUGGGAAGGGAAUGUUGUGGCAGGGGUGUGGAGAAGAUGCAUUUCACAAACUGAUUUUAAGGAAGUUGUCUCGUCUAAAAGUGAAUUCAUGCAUUGUCUGUGGGGAGGAUUUCAUUUGAAAGUACAAUGUUGUGGUUAUUUGAAAAAAAAUGUUCACUGAAUUUGUAAAAUAAGUGUGUGAAAAUGACAGAUGAAGAAGCAUCUUUUAGAAUGCUGCUUCUUUUCUAAGUGAGACUAUUUUUAAGGAUAUGGGAAUUUGUAUAAUAAAGAGUGGAAUUUCUUAAAUCCAUAUGAGCUCAGGAAUGUAUUUCAAAAUCUUAACUGAGAUAAAGUUGAAAGUCUGCUAUGUUUCUAAAAUAUAGGAUUUUGUUUAUCAGCUUCUGUUUUGUAGUUUUACUUCCUAAAUUAUGCAGUUUAAUUUAUUUGCAAACCUCUCUUGUUGCCUCCUGGAUUAACUGCACAACAUAGUUCAACUAUAUUAAUACAUUUUGUCAUCUUUAAUAAAAACAUGUCCUGAUA